UUGGAUUUUGAGGUCGCACUUUGGCAUCACAGAAAUGUCUGGCUUGUAGCUUCAAGUUAAUGAAUAGUCAUUUACAAGCUCUUGUCCUUCUGCCCUAGGAUAAGUGACUCAACAAUGGGCAUUCUACGAACCAUCGCUCUUACAAUCUUAGGAUUCUCUGCUUUCGUGUUUGUUGCCCUUUUUGGGAAACUGCCAUUUUUUAGGAAAACUCCUAUUGGCCUUCUUCACAGAACUAUUUGGAUAUAUAUUCCCAAUGGAAUAUCAUACCUCGAUUUCCGCCUUUUCGGCGGACGAUUUUCGCGUUGUUGGGGCCGAGCUGGUAAUUAUAUAGUUCAUGAGAAUCAUCCCUUAGUUCUUAUAUUCUUUACUUUCCUACUUGUUGUUGGAGAACUUUUGUUUAUUCCGAGUGCUUGGCCUCGAGUCUCCAUGGUCCAUCGGGUUUGCAUUCCAAUUGCUGUGGCCCUCCCUUACAUCUUAUUAUACAGAAGUGUUGUCACCAAAUCAUUUAUCACCCCAGAAAAUCAUGCCCAGGAGAUGGAGCGAUACCCUUAUGACAAAGUCAUCUUCCACCCCGAGCAACGUUGCAGAACGUGCGAAUUUAUUAAGCCAGCAAGAAGCAAACACUGCAGUUAUUGCAAAGCAUGCGUUUCUAGACACGACCACCAUUGCAUCUGGCUCACUAACUGCGUCGGUCUACACAACUAUCAUUACUUUCUAUCCUUGAUGCUCUCCUUGUCUGUCAUGUUGACCUAUGGCGCAUGUCUUGGUUACUCUAUCCUGUCUCGGACUUUGGACGGGCUUAUACCUCGAAACUCGCCUGUCCGAAUGAAGAAACAGAGCUGGACUAUGAUACUUAACAUGACUGCUGUUGUAGUUGCAUCUGAUACCCGUGUUGGAGGAAUCACGUUGUUAAUGUUCAUGACUGCUCCUUUAGCCUUUGCCUUUCUCCUAUACCAUACUUAUCUUAUCUGGGCGGGAAUGACGACUAACGAAAGUGCUAAAUGGUCUGAUUGGAAAGAAGAUGUGGCCGAUGGGAUGGCGUUCAAGUUAAUUCAGGGUGACAAAAAGUCCGACUCGCCUCUCCUGGAUGAAUCUCCGAAGUCUUCAACUUCCUGGCCAGUGACAAGUGACCAGGUUCUUAUUCUUACCGAUGGGGAGCCGCCGAUGGAGGGACAUCAAAUCCCAGUAGGCUCCAAUGAAAUCCUUCAGCCCACUAUUCCCGACGCAGCUGUUGAUCAGAGAUGGGUCCAAGUAAGAAGUAUGAAGGAAAUUGAUAACAUCUAUGACCUGGGAUUUUGGAAUAACCUGUGUCAUGUUUUUGGAUUUCCUGCUGGGCGGGCGAUUCGUCAUGAUAAGGUUAACUUAUCGAUAAUGUAAAUAGUCAUGAAUGAGUGAAUCUUAGGUACGCUUCGAAAUAGUUGUGUUAUUCGAGGCUCCAGGCUGUAUAAUUG